AAAAGGACCCCUCCCUCAGUUUACUCAGUUUGUACAGUUUCUCUCUCUCUCAAACAAAAUCAUAAAAAUGAUUUUAAAUGGAAGAUUACUGCAUCUUCAUACGAGUGUCCUCCAAAUUUGUUAUCGUUUUAAUCAGUCAUUUCAGCAACAUGAUUAUGAAAUAUUUGUGAGGAAUUAUUAUGGUGCAGGCACUCAGAUAUCACAACUAGAGAGCUUUGUGAGGGAUGAGUGCAAGUCAGGAAGGAUUAAGAAGCUUGAUGAUGGUUUGAAAUACUUUGAUCAAUUGAUUUCUCAAAGGCCAUUACCAUCUAAUGCUACAUUCUGUCAUGUAUUGGGUUCAUUAUCCAAAAUCAAAUGUCACUCAGAUGUCAUUUUGUUGCAUAAAAAGAUGAGUUUGGUUGGGGUACAACCUGAUAUUUUUACAUUCACUAUUUUGAUAAAUUGCUGCUGUAAAUUAGGAAAAGUUGAUCAUGGGUUCUGUUUUCUUGGAGAGAUUAUUAAGAGAGGUUAUCAUCCUGAUACUAUCACUUUCACUACACUCAUGAAAGGGUUGUGUCUACAAGGGAAGAUUGAUUAUGCAAUCAAAGUGUUCGACAGAAUGACUAAGAUGGGUAUUCAACCUAAUGCUAUUACAUGUAAUACUCUUAUACAUGGGCUGUGUAUAACUGGUCAACUGGGUCGAGCUCUUCAGUUAAAAAACAACAUGUCAAAAUGGAAUAUUAAUUGCAGACCAGAUGUUGUUUCAUAUAAUGCCAUUAUAGAUACUCUUUGUAAAGGAGGUUUACUUGAUCAAGCUAUGGUUCUAUUCUCUGAAAUGCUUCACGAUUCCAAUGUUGUACCCAAUGUAGUUGCUUACAAUAUUUUGAUUAAUGGGUUUGGAAAUUCAGGCCGGCUAAAGGAGGCGAAGAGACUCUUUGACGAGAUGGUUAGUAGAAGAAUCUCCGCAGAUGUAACGACUUAUACUUCUUUGAUUCACAGUCAUUGUGUACACGGUCAACAGGAGGAAGCAAGAAGAUAUUUUGAUGAAAUGAUGGAUCGAGGGAUUUCACCCAAUACAGUAACUUUUAGUGUCUUAAUAGAUUCACAUUGUAAAGAUGGGAUGACGGAAGAUGCUUGGGGGUUAUUCAAAUUGAUGGAAAAGAUAAACAUAAAACCGAAUCUGAUUACUUAUAAUUCAAUGAUGGAUGGUCUGUGUUUAGUAGGUCGGUUGCCAGAUGCGGUGAAACUAUUUGACUCGAUGGUGGAUAAGGGUCUUGAACCGGAUGAUUUUAGUUGGAGUAUAUUAAUCGACGGGUACUGCAAGAAUCGUAAGUUGGAUGGAGCUAUGCAGCUAUUUAAGAAAAUGAAACAAAAUGGAUUGAAACCCACAACAGUUACCUACACUAUACUAUUAAGAGGACUAUACCAGGAUGGAAGAAUUAAGACUGCUCAGAAGUUUUUCAAUGAGAUGCAAUCUUUUGGUCUAUCUCCAAAUGAAGUUACUUACGGUACAUUUUUGGAUGGUCUCUGCAAGAAUGGCAAAAUUGUGGAGGCAAUAGAAUUGUUUGAAUCAAUGGAGGGUACUGGUAUCUUACCUAAUAUAGAAAUGCACAGUAUUCUUAUUCAUGGAUUUUGCCAGGCUGGCAAAUUGGAAGACGCCAAGAAACUGUUUAAUGAGAUUCCAAAAAAGGGAUUAGAUCCUGAUGUAGUAACGUAUACCACCAUGAUAAAUGGCUUAUUUGACAACAGGAUGUUCUUGGAGGCUAACGAAUUAAUCAUCGAAAUGGAAGAGAAGGGUUGUUCACCAAAUGUUAUAACAUAUAAUACCAUCAUUAAUGGUUUUCUUACAGCAAAGGAGACAGACAAGGCCUUGCAAUUUCUUAUCAGGAUGCGUGAAAGAGAAUUUGUACCGAGAGAUUCUGUUGUUUCUUUGUUAACAAAUACUCUCUCAGCAGAUGAGCUAAAAAAUUUGUAGUUUCUUUUUUUCACGAAACCUCGUAGUUGUUGUGGUAGCAUGGAUCAUCCUAAUAAUUAUUAAUGUAUCUGGAUGAAUAUAUGGUUUCCUUUGGGGUAUUUGCUUCUCCUUUCCGUUAAAUUCAAUCAGGUACUAAUGUCUGAAAGUUGUAAUGAAAUUUCUC